CAUCUCCCGAAAGCAGUCAGUGGAAUUGCAAGCUGUAAAUCGAUAUUUUCCGAAAAGUUAUUUGCAAUCUGGUUGGCUUACCCUUUUUCCUUAGAUUACGUGGUUUAAAGAGGUUGAACAGCAUACAAAGUCGAAUGGCAAUCAAUGUGGAAGCGGUUGAAAACGCAUUUGAAUGGGAAACGUUCGAGGAUGGAAAACCAUAUCUUGGCACCUACAAGCAUGAAAUACCAAAUAAAGUGAAGAUGAUGACGAUGAAGCUUGAUCUAAAAGAUUGGAUAAAGAUUGAUCGAACAUACGCAUCGCAGCAACACGAAAAGGAGCGACUAUUGGAAACACUGCGUGACAACGUGUUUGUCACCAAUAACGAUGAGUCGACUAAGCUGGCGAAGAGUGAACUACUACAAAUGCUGUGCAAGUAUCUACCAGAACGAUUUCCUGACAAGUUUGAAGCAAGAGAAGGAGGCGUAUACAACAAAAUGUUGCAGGAAUUUAUAUCGUCCUCGGAAGAGCCUGGUGAGGAGGACCCGCUUAUCAAAUGCGGGCGGCUGACACAGGAGGACUGGUGCAUAAUGGAGUGGAGUGACGAGCAUCAGGCUUAUUACCUGACUGCAGGUAUUGUGUGCUUCCCCUCUCGCUGGUCGCUCCGAGAGAAAUGGAACUUGCCAAUGUUAGAUAUCCAUCAACCAGUUGACGGCUUCACCAAACAUCUCAAGUCUCUUGUUUACAAUCUCUUCAAAACCAUGGCUCCUGAUGCGCCGGUGUACCGCGGAAACUGGUCGAUCUCCAAUGACCUUGACGGCCCGCUCGAUUUGUACAUACCAGAGGAAUAUGAGCAUCACAACGCAGCCAGGGGUGGUGUACGACUAUAUGAAGACGAGAAAACCGGCCGUGUGUUUACCUUCCGAAGCGAGUAUCAAACACUGCGAAAACUCGAGAAGAGCAAAGCGAUUGUCUUUAGUAUUCGCACCUACCAGAUCUACUUGGAGGAUUUCAAGAAAUUUCCAAGGAAGGACACAGAAACGCUCGUUAAGGUCAUCGAAAAUAUCCACCCUGACUUCGUUGAAUACAAGCGCGUCGAGCUUUGGAAGGAUGAUGUGCUUAAGUACUUAAAACGAGAUGUGCUUGGAGAGAAAGAAAGCCCUUGGAUUAUGAGCUCUUGGAAAACAGGGGGGUCGGCUCUUGUUGUCGGUAUCUCUGUUCUUGCCGUAGCAUUGGCUUUUAUGAAACGUUAGUAAAUCGACAAGCACAAGUGAAAACUUUGAAAUUGGGACAUAUGAAUGAACCAUUCUACACCAGUUUACUUAACAGUUUUUCGAAAGCUUCCCUUUCCGCAAACGUCUGCUCAAUCCUGCGCUACAUUCAUGGUUCCGACUCAGGCAAUAGCGAGCCAUGGCAAUCAACCAAGAAUUACUCUUGUCCCACAAACAACUAUCAUGCAAUAUCUGUUUCAAAGAGUACUACAAGGAUUACGAGGCAAUUUUCUAUUCUAUUCGCAGGACACAAAACUACUGACUACGUCACUUGAGUCCGUACGUACCGGCAUCCAUGUACACACCACGAGGAGCCGGCUUGAUUUCAAAGCAAAACUACUCGCAAAUUCACAGAAAACGUAUAUUUUACUUUCUACGAAACGCUGGGUCUUGAACAAACGCAGGGUUUGAAUAAACGCCGGGUCAACGAGGUCUAGCUUUAUAAUGCUUUACAGCGCUAUCAACAAAUGAUUAUUCUAUAGUUCGGUGUUGGAAUCAGCUGAAUGAAUCUCAUAAAUCUCAUUUCAAGUCUUCAAUGACAGUCAAACACUUUGUCGCUUGUGCUAUCAACCAGAGAGCAUUCUAUUGCUUGUUACUGUUACUAUACGGUCAAAAAAGCAAACAUAUAAUAUAUUUAUGUUCAACAAAUUCUUUAUUGGUGACCAAAUUGUAUUUGCGAGAACACUCUGCUCAAACAAUAAAAGGAAAUCUCUUUAUUUGA